GCGCACGUGGCCGGCGGGGCAAGAUGGCGGCGCCCGUGUCGGUGAGCCAUGUCGCCUGCUGCGCCAACCGGGCGGGCGGCGGGGCCGUCUCCUGGGGGCGGCGGGGGCUGCUCGCCUUCGGCAGCUGCCGAGACGUCAUCCUCUACCAGCCGGCGGCGAGGCGGACGGUCGCCGCCCUCCGCGGGCACACCGGCAGGGUGAACUGCGUGCGCUGGGUCCGCCGGCGGGACGGAGCAACUGAAACGGAGUUAGUUUCUGGUGGAUCUGAUAAGCAGCUCAUUCUUUGGGAAUGGAAUGGAAAAGGAGUGUGGAAUGAUCAGCUUGUGAAAAGCGUUACUCUCGAAGGUCAUACUGAAGCUGUUUGUGCAGUGGAUGCUGUCUACCAGUCAGAUGAACCUGAUUUAGAUGUGUUAAUAGCUUCUGCAGCAUCUGACUCUACUGUGAGAAUCUGGUCUCGGCAUGGUUCAGAAGCUAAAUGCAUUGAAAUUCUGCAAUUUGGAAAUGGAUUUGUUAUGGAUGUCUCCUUAUCCUUCUUGCCUGGCAGCAAUGUACCAAUACUGGCUUGUGGUGGUGAUGACUGCAAAAUACAUUUGUUUAUACAGCAGAACAGUCAGUUUCAGAAAACAUUAAUCCUCCCUGGCCAUGAAGAUUGGAUAAGAGGCAUUGAAUGGGCAGUGUGUGAUGAAGACCUAUUCUUAGCAAGCUGUGCUCAGGAUUGUUUGAUAAGAAUUUGGAAAGUGUGUAUGAAAUCAAAGGAAUCUUCAGAAACUGAAGAUUAUUCCAUAAGACUGAAAGAGAAUGUUUUUACUGUUAAAGAUACUGGUACAACAUACGCAGUUACUUUGGAGUCUGUGUUGGCUGGUCAUGAAAACUGGGUGUAUGCAGUCCACUGGCAACCUUCCUUUUCCAAAGGUGGCAGCAUACAACAACCAAUGAGAAUAUUGUCUGCUUCAAUGGACAAAACUGUGAUCCUUUGGGAACCUGAUAAGGAAUCUGGAGUUUGGCUAGAACAGGUGCGGGUAGGUGAAGUGGGGGGCAAUACCCUUGGAUUUUUUGACUGCCAGUUUAGUCCAGAUGGUUCAAUGAUCAUUGCUCAUGCUUUUCAUGGAGCAUUUCACCUUUGGAAACAGUCUUCGGUUAAUAAGAAAGAAUGGACUCCAGAUGUGGUGAUUUCAGGACAUUUUAACAGUGUAGAGGAUGUAAAGUGGGAUCCAGAAGGAGAAUUUAUCAUCAGUGUUGGAUCUGAUCAAACUACUAGACUAUUUGCUCCAUGGAAAAGAAAACAUGAGACAGAGGUAACCUGGCAUGAAAUUGCAAGGCCUCAAGUACAUGGGUAUGACAUGCGUUGUUUGGCAAUGAUUGGCCGGUUCCAGUUUGUAUCAGGAGCAGAUGAAAAAGUGCUUCGAGUUUUUCGUGCUCCCAAGAAUUUUAUAGAAAAUUUCAGUAAUAUCACUGGUAUUCCAAUGGAGAAGCUGUACUCUCAGCAAUCAUCUGACCUUCCAGAAGGUGCAACUGUGCCAGCUUUGGGUUUAUCCAAUAAAGCUGUUUUUGAAGGAGAUAUGCCUGUUCAACCAGCUGAGGAUGAAGAAACUUUUAAUACCAUUUCUAAUCAGUAUCCUGAGAUUUAUUUUCAACCUUUGAUCCUUACAGAACCUCCCCCAGAGGAUCACUUGCUGCAGAAUACUUUGUGGCCUGAAAUUCAGAAGUUAUAUGGACAUGGAUAUGAAAUUUUUUGUGUUGCUUGCAAUAAUUCAAACACUAUAAUUGCCUCAGCGUGUAAGGCUUCUAAAAAAGAACAUGCAGCAAUUAUUUUGUGGAGCACUACUUCUUGGAAGAAACUACAGAGUUUGUCAUUUCACAAUCUGACUGUUACUCAGCUGGCAUUUUCUCCUAAUGACCAAUUUUUAUUAGCAGUUUCUAGAGACAGGAAUUGGUCACUGUGGAGGAAACAGGACUCAGAGUCAGGCCCAGUUUUCAGUUGCUGUGCAUACACAGACAAAAAUACAGCUGUUCACAGUCGAAUCAUUUGGUCCUGUGAUUGGACACCAGAUAGCAAGUAUUUUGUUACUGGCAGUCGAGACAAAAAGGUCAUUAUCUGGGGCCAGUGCGAUUUAUCUAUGACAACUGAAGGGAAUAUGCUGGAUUCAAUCAAGCCUUGUUCAACAGUACUGGAUGCCAGGGAUUCUGUUACUGCCGUUAGUAUCAGCCAUGUGCUAACUCCUGAUGGAAGGUAUAUUGUUGCAGUAGGGUUAGAGAAUGGGAAUAUUAUCUUGUACACAUGGAAGCAGAGUGGGCAAGAACCAGCACUAGCUGAUUGGACUAAAUGCACUGAGAUGGAUAACAGCCAAAGUCACGCUCUUGCUGUGAAACGUUUGUGUUGGAGACAUCAUGAGGGCAGAGCUGGACAUAAUGAUCAGAAAAACAGCGAAUGGUUGCAGCUUGCAAGUUGUGGAGCUGAUCACUGUGUUAAAAUAUUCAACGUCAACAGAUUUGCUCUUUAGAAAAAACAGCAGGCCUGUCUGUGCAAAAUGGGUUCACAACAUUUUAUUUCAACUUUGUUUAACCAUAUUGAUUUUUGAAUUCUGUUUUCUGCCAUGGAAAGUGAAACAUCUGAAAUGUAACUUAUUAAAGCAUUUUUCAUGGUUGUUUAAAACACCAAAUAUUUUUCUAAUUUUGUAGUUCCAGGAAUGUGAAGUAUUUGAUAUAGUGUGGUUGGUGAAUCUCUUGGAACUCAGAGAGAGAAGGUGGCCUAGGGCACAGAAGAACAAUAAUGAGAUGGCUUUGUUCACUGUGACUCUGGGGUUGAUGGGAAGCUGCUAGUACUUAGGUUCUUCUGUGCUUGGGGUUAUAAGUGGAGUACUGAAAUGUUCUGAGCACCUUAUUCCUGUUAAAUGCAACUGUUGGUAAGCCUGCCAGUGCUGACACUGUGUGUUUAAGCAUCUGUAGUUAACCAGAGAUAAGAGUUAUGCAGCUUUCUUCAAUGGCCUUCUUUUCACUGUUUACUACAGUGCUGGUCCAACUCUUAGACUAGCCUACUCCUACUUUAGAAGGAGUAGAUUUUCUUUAUGCUUGGAGUGGUCUGCUUGUUUGUUUUUCCUAUCAAGUGGGGCUUAAAGCCUAACUCGCAGGCAACUUAAAUCUUCUUCCAUCUCCUCUGAGUAACUGUGAACCUUUCCCAUGCAGACGGCUAUAGAAGAACCACCUCUUUCUUUGCUUCCUCUACAAUUUGGGCUGGAAAAGCUUACAAAUAUUAGUGGGCAGGAGCUGAAAGGUGGCAACUGUUCCCUUAUAUUACCUUCUACUAACUCUUCCUGGCUCUUCUACUGACUCUUCCUGGCUUUUGAGAGUUCUGUUGAGAGGCUGAGCGGGUUAACUUAACAGUCUAAUUGUACUGUAAUUAGCAUAGAAUGAUGGUAGAUAGUGAGUACUUCAAAAAGGGUGCCUUUGCCCUCAGCAUGUCUGUCUCUGAUUCCAAAGUCUAAUUAGAAAUUAGUUAAACUUUGGGGUUGAAACGAUUUUUGUUCUAGAACCAAUUGCUACCCAAACUGGUAGUGCAGAAAUAAAUUGGAAUUGUGUUUUACUGUGUUGCAUCCUUAGCUAAAGAAUACAGUGUGGGCCAAACUCUUUUCAGAAUAAUUAUAAUUUAUGUUUUAAAGGGGUUUUAUAUUUUCUUUUUAUUUUCAAUUCUAUUUUUCAGUAUUUAACAACAAAAAAAGCAAUUCUUUAAAAUUCUUUAAAAUUAAAGCCCUACACCUUAAUAAAGAUGCUUUGCUAUAUUCAUUUUAUUUGUGGUACCCAGUGUUUCCCUCACAUGCGUAUUUUAAACACUUUAUUAAUGUAUCUUGUCCAAGAAUUCUUAAACCUAGACUGUAUCCUGACAAAAGCAAGUUAUAACUUACUAUUCAUGAGGCUUCACAAUGUUGCCAAAAAUGGAACUUUGUCACAAUUGUAAUUCAGUAUCUUACACUUGAUACUUGAAUUUGAUGAUAAUACCAGAUAAUAAUUUUCAAUACUAGUUAUGUCUUGCCAUGAGGCUUCUCUUGCCUACAGGGAAAAGUGAAUCAUAAUAUUAUUGUCCCUCACUUGUAUUUUGUGCUGUCAUUAAAGAAACUGUUUUUACCUAUACCAGUGUUGUUGUUAAACAAGCAUCAGCUAUUACAUGGUUUAGUAAACCAUUCCAUUACACCUGGGAUUUUUGUGGCUCAAUCAUAUGGAAGAGUAUACCUCAUUUUUCCAACUUUAAAUGUAUCAGAUCAGACUUCAUCUCCACAGUUUAACUGUUUGUAACAGACACUUUUUAUUUUCAGUUGUUAGAGGUUGUCAGGAGACUUGCACAUGAUAUUUUUUUUAAAAGUACAGCUUUCUUUGUUUACAUUAUAACUUUCCUGUGCAUUUAGUUGGCCUGACUUUUAUGUAUGCCUUUAUCUUCUCAGCAAAUCAACUGUAGUCUUCUUAAACCAGCAUGUAAAUCGGCACCUGGGUCAGAUACUGAUUUCAUUAUCUCAGCUCAUAUCAGAAAACUAUUUGGAUCAACAUAAGCGUGAUACAAAGAAAAAGUUAGUGUAAUUUUAGAGGUCAUUUUGGGGAUAACAUUGGGCUGCCUAAUGAAGAAUAGGGUUCUUUAAACAGCAUAGUAGUACACUUUAUAAUAAAGUCCCUAAAGAAUUUCUGGUUUGCUUGGUUUCUUUAUUAAAAAAAAAAAAAAAGAGAACAGCAAGCAUUUUCCAGACUCUGACUGUAUUCACUCUAUUUCAUUAUUCUUGUUUUAUUGAUUUUGUAAAUACUGCUGGAAUAAAGUGUCUUCUUGCUAUA